UACACACAUAUAUACAUGUAUUUAAAUCAAUAGUGCAAUGUUGUUAUGGUUUAAACUGUGUAAGGACGUGUGAUAAAAAGAUAUCAUUAUGUAUGUAAUACUCGAGAUCAUACAAACUUUAUGUUAUUUGUUCUACUGUAUAGCAGAAGCAACCGUGCGGGUUUUCGUUCCAGAAAAGAAGAAAAGUUUUGCAGGAAAAUUGGUGCUAGUGACCGGUGCUGGUCACGGCAUCGGACGGGAGUUAGCCUUACAUUUUAGUGAUAUUGGUGCAAGACUAGUUCUGUGGGAUAUAAAUAAGCAAAAUGUAGAGAAUGUUGUUCAAGAAAUACAAGAAAAUGGUGGAACGGCAACGUCAUAUAUAUGUGACGUCAGCAAAAUAGAAGAGAUAAAAUCUGUCGCGGAUAAAGUACGGCGUGAGGUCGGCGAUGUGGACGUGUUGGUGAACAAUGCUGGUAUUCUACAUGGUGCCUCUUUUCUUACAUUGACGGAUGCAGAAAUAAAAAGAACCAUUGAUAUCAACUUAUUAGCUUAUUUCUGGACCUGUCGACAAUUUUUACCAUCGAUGAUCAAUCGAAACUCUGGCCAUAUUGUAAAUAUAGCAUCAAUGGCGGCGAAAAAAGGCGUGGCUUACCUUACAGAUUACGCAGCUUCCAAAUGUGCAGUACAAGGCUUUACAGAGGCUCUUUCAGAUGAAAUGAGGAGAGAGGGAUACGACGGGAUAUUCUUCACAACUGUAUUUCCCAUGUUUGUCGAUACUGGCAUGACAAAAUUCUCACAUGACAGAUUGAGUAAAAUGUUGAGUCCGGCAGAAGUAGCUUCGGCUGCUGUUGAAGGAGUUCAAAGAAACAAGAAAGGUGUUUAUAUACCUUCAAACUUAGACUGGAGCGUUAGAAUUGGAAAUUUGUUGCCAAGGAGAUUCAUAGACGAUCCUACUGAUUUAAUGUAUCGAGGAAUAGAUCCGCAGAAAUAAGUUCAGAGCCGCAAGGAUAAAUAAAGGAAGUGGUGCUAGCUUGUAAAAUUUAGAACUGACGUACAUAAUAGGACAAAAUAAUGCACACUAUGCCUCCACUGUGUACCAGAUAUCUUUGAAAAUGUAUGUGUAAUAAAGUAAUUGAAUUUCAAAUCAAAUGUAAUGUUUAAAGAAGAAAGAAAGAGAAACGUCAUUGAGUAAUGUACAAUAUAUGGAAAAAAAAUGUUCGCGUUUCUUUUGACUUUUUUCACAACGUGUUUGAGUGUUGUGGAGAUAAAGAUUAAACUUAUUAUUUGUGGUUU